AUGGCUGCCACUAGUAAUAAUAAUGUCACAAAGAGGAAAGGCGGUCGAGUGAGUAGGGCAGUCGCGAAAAAGUACAACAUGAAUGUUCCAAUAUCAUCAUCAUCAUUAAAGUCAUUCCAGCCAAAUAUGAUAGCCGACAAAAUGGUUUUAGUUGACGAAAAGGGCAAAAGGGAUGACGAAUUAACUAAUAAUGUGGUCAUUCUUCAUGACAAAGUUGAAAGGGAAGGUAUUGAUGAUAUCAACAGCAGUGGCCUACUCGGGGAUUGGGGUGAGUCUUUUCUAGAAAUGAUGGAACAAGAAAUCGAAGCAUUGGGACCAGAUGAUUGGUGGAUGGAACCACUGGCAGAUGAUGAUCCAACAACAUUCCAUUUUGAACAAUUUCUACAGGGUGAUUCGAUAACGGAUUUCACUGAGAUUUUGGGACAUAAUAGUAGAAGUGAAGGGAACGAGACAACCGGAGAAAAGUUCAUGAUGGUGGGUGAUCAACUAGAAAAUGCUUCAGCAGUUACACCUAAUGAUAUUAACAAUGAAAGUGACAAUGGUCCCGGAAAUUCUUCAGCAGACUCUAAUGAGAAGGACCCUUAUAAAUGCUUCUCCCCAUUAAAUACCAAUCAUUAUUAUGACUCAAUUUCAUGGAAUAAAGAAGAUGCCGCCAAAGAAUUCCACCUCUGGGAUGAUGAAGAUGAGCUACUUUGGGCAUAG